AAUGGCUGCUGAGAAGAUCAUAACAUGCCUUUUCAUUUUAGUUCUAUUUGCUGCAUUCAUCUCCUUUGCCCAAGCCAACCAAGAUUCAAACCAUGAGACAGUUCCUACCGGAAAGGAGCUAGUGAAUGGUGCAAACAAGAACUGGCAAAUUAGAGGGAGAAAAAUGGUGCAAAUGAAGAAGCUGAAGGAUGUGAAAAUGAGAGGGUCGACUGCUACAGAGUCAUCAAGGUGUGGCGGCAAUGGUGAUCAUCAGUCAGGUUUCCUGGAUUUCAAUGUUGACUAUCAUUCACCAAGGCACCAUCCUCCUAAGAAUAACUAAUUAGGCAACAUUUAUAUAUAUAUAUAGUAGUUUUCUUCAACAAAGAAUGU